UGCCCUGCACACCGGUGCUGGGCUUCCCAGCCUGCGAGCGAAGAAACCCCCCCGUCUCCGACGCCCCUCAGCCCAGCCCACCUCUACCUCUGUGUGCGUGUUGGGCUUGUUCUCCGACUCCAUCUUCCUCCUGAUUCAUUAUUCCCCCUCGGCUCCGCUCCUCCUCGCCGGCGCCGCUCGUGCGUGAACGCCGUGAAGCAAGGAUCCCUUCCCUCCCACCCCCCGGUCUGAGGCUCGUGGCCGUUUGGGUUUCCGGGAGGGCAACUCGUCGCGCAGGGGGACCACGCCAGCCACCACCAAAGCCGGCGGAACCAGGAGGCACUGUAAAGUCUGAACAGCUGUAAUUUUUAUUAACUUCAGCAAGUCACUGGUAUAUUCAUCAGUAAAGAAACCAAGAAUCACGAUGGCACUGCGGCGAGCGCUGGGAUGGUCGGAAGGGGAGGUGAUGCGGCCAGAAUCAAAGCCCUGCUCUCGGUUGAUGCGGCAGACUGCUGGCAUCUUCUCCGUUGGUGGUGGUCUGGCUUUCUGGGUGCUCUGCCGCCUUCACUAUGGUCCAAGAAUAACAGUUCCAAGGAGUCUCAGGUGGGCGUCAUGUGGGGCAGUCUCUGUGAGCGCGACAUCAGCCCUGCUUGUGCGGCUCUUCAGCCCAGAGUGUGAACCUCAGAAUAUAGCAGCAUAUGACAAACCUGAAUUGAAGCCUGAAUAGCUAGCUUAUUUGAAAUUUAGAGUUAGUCUACUAAAUUCUAUCAUGUUUUUUAUCCGCUUAUGCAUUAUGGACAGAUGGAGCCUGCCAUGAAGAUCUAUGUUGUCACUUGAAUUUGUGUUACUGGCUACCGUGUAUGAUGCAUUUAUCUCCGAAUUAUGAGCUGUUGCGUUAACGAUC